AUGGUGUUAGCGGAUUUGGGUCGAAGGAUCCGUGUGGCUAUCGGCAAGUUGGGCCAAGCCACAGUUAUAAAUGAAGAUGAAGUAAAUGAAAUGCUGAAGGAGGUCUGCAAGGCCUUGAUGGAAAGUGACGUGAACAUCAAAUUGGUUGCAAAAUUGAGGGAGAAUAUUAAGUAAGUCUUUUAUCAUAAGGAUUUAUGGUUUAGGAAGAGUUUGAACUUUGAAGAUAUGGCCGGCGGGGUGAAUAAAAGACGAUUGAUACAGAAGACCGUAUUCCAAGAACUAGUCAAGUUGGUCGAUCCAGAUGUGAAACCUUUCGUCCCUCAGAAAGGGAAGACAAAUGUGAUUAUGUUUGUCGGUCUUCAGGGUUCGGGUAAAACAACCUCGUGCACAAAGGUAGUUGGGAUUACAGUACAGUUAAUGUUAUUUUAGUUGGCCUAUUAUUACCAGAAGAAAGGGUGGAAGAGUUGUUUGAUUUGUGCUGAUACGUUCCGUGCUGGUGCAUUCGAUCAGUUGAAACAGAAUUGUACAAAGGCCAGGAUCCCUUUCUACGGAAGGUAAGCCGGAGGUUCUACAAAUUAUUCUUGAUUUUAGUUAUACCGAAGUCGAUCCUGUUGUAAUUGCCAAGAACGGUGUUGACAAGUUUAAACAGGAUGGGUUUGAGAUAAUUGUUGUUGAUACUUCUGGUAGGCACAAACAAGAAGCGUCUUUGUUUGAGGAAAUGCUCCAGGUUUCCAAUGCUAUAGUAAGUUUUCUUAACUUAUGCAAAUUAUACAUUGCUUUAGGAUCCCGAUAGUGUUGUUUUUGUUAUGGAUGCCUCUAUUGGUCAAGCUUGUGAGGCACAAGCCAGUGCAUUCAGUCAGACAGUGAAUGUCGGUUCGGUGAUAAUAACCAAGUUGGACGGUCAUGCCAAAGGUGGUGGUGCACUCUCAGCGUAAGUCAGCGUAUCUAUUGUUAUGUUCCUACUUUUAGUGUUGCCGCAACCCAUUCUCCCAUCAUAUUUAUUGGUACAGGUGAACAUAUCGAUGAAUUCGAAGAAUUCAAAGUCAAACCUUUUGUGCAGAAACUCCUUGGAAUGGGAGACAUUGAAGGUCUCGUGGAAAAAGUGUCGGAAAUGGGAUUAGAAGACAAUGAAGAGUUAUUGAAACGCCUGAAACAAGGGCAGUUCACGUUGCGGGAUAUGUACGAACAAUUCCAGAACAUUAUGAAGAUGGGUCCUUUGAGUCAAGUUAUGGUGAGUAGUUGAAUUGGAUGAUUGAUUUUCAUUUUAGAGCAUGAUUCCUGGCUUCGGUCCUGAUUUCAUGACAAAAGGAAACGAACAAGAGUCUUCGCAUAGGCUGAAGCGGUUAAUGACGAUCAUGGACAGUAUGGCCGACAGUGAAUUAGAUCAUCCAAAGGCAAACGAUAUCUUCACAAAGGAACCCACGAGAGUGACAAGAGUAGCCAGAGGAAGUGGUACAAGCGAAGGAGAGGUCCGUGAACUGUUAUCACAAUACAAGAAGUUUGCCGCCAUGGUGAAGAAGAUGGGCAGUGUAAAAGGGCUUUUCAAGGUAUGAGGUAGAUGUGUAAAGAUUCAUCUUUUAGAACGGAAAUAUGAAUCCGAACAAGAUGAACCCGAUGCAAAUGCAGAAGAUCAACCAGCAGAUGGCGAAGAUGAUCGAUCCCCGAGUUCUUCAACAAAUGGGAGGCAUGGGGGGACUCCAGAGUAUGAUGCAACAGCUCCAAGGAUCGGGAGGGAUGGGAGGCCCACCAGGCCGAAGGUGA